AGAAAGAAAGAAAAAAAAAACACCAUUACAAAAGUUUUAUCGAAAUCGAAACAGAGUUAGAGUCAGAGGAGAGAAAAAUGGAGAAUACGAGUGAUCAUGAAAAAGAGAGCUUAAUUGGGGAAAUCCAAGAAGAAGAACCACCAAUCUUUGAUUCGAAUCCCAAUCGGAAUAAUAAUCCCAGUCCCAAAUCGGUGAGAACUAAAGUUCCGGAGGUUGAGGUCCAUCUAUACCGUACCGGAAAAGGUCCGAUCGAUGUCUUCAAGUCGAGUCUUGGUGGUUGGGACCAGGAUCAAUUGGAGGUUAGGAAUAUUCUCGAUAAAUAUGGCUUCAAAUCUCUCUUCGCUUUCAGUACCCAAACUGGUCGUGGAGUUCCGAUUAGGUUUCAUGCUAGGAAUGGAAGGUCUUUGCUCCCUUAUAAAGAUGGAUCUGUAAUUUACGUUGAUGGCGAGCCCAAGGAUUCAUUAUUGAAACCAGUGACUAAGAUCUUGCUUGGGGUAGCAUUAAUAACCCUUUUGAUAACAUUCGUUUUAAAAGAAACCCCGCAAUGGAUGAAGAAGUUUAAUGUUACGGGUGUAAAUUUCCCGCCAUGGAUUCUUGCUUGUGUGGUUAUAGUUUUCACACGCAUGAGGAAGAGAACCAAGGAUUUGCUAAACAAGCAUGGCUGGUGAGUGAACAAUGAACAAAUGCCAUUUCAGAUUUUGAGAGGGAAUAAUUCAGUUUCUUAUAUACUGUUUACUAUGUGAAAAUCGGUUUUGUUCACAAGGUUUUUUAAUUUAUUUUAGUGAAUUUCAAUUAGUUGUAUUUAAUUUUGAAAAAAAUAUAUUAAUUUUAGUUUAUUUUCGUUA